AUGAAUCUAGAGACAAAAUCCACCUUCAUCGACAAGUCAUUCUUCAUCACUCUUCUGUUUCUUGUGUUUUUCUCGUCCUUCUCUCAUGAAACCUCUGUAAAUCUUCAACCACACAAAAUUAAUUGGUUCCUCACGUCAAAGACUGGAAAGGAUGCUCGUGUCCAAUGUUUUACUGCAACUACUAGUGGACACUUGGUAGUGGGUGGAACAUUUACUGAGAAUUUGUAUUUAUAUCCAAAUGUCAAUGUAGAAGAUCAGUUUGUGAAUGGGACGAAAGCCAACGAAACUGAACCAAGUGCCUCAUUUCUUAAUACUUCACCCUAUUCACUCACAAGGGAAUCAUUGUUUGUAAUCAAACUAAACGAAUCAGAUGGAACGAUAUUGUGGCAAUAUUCAAUAGAUUGUGAGACAAACGAUUGCAAGUUUUAUGAUGUUGGAGUUUCCUCUGAUUAUCAAAAAUAUGCUUUUGUAUUUCUUUCAGCCUAUGUGCCACUUUCAAACAAGAUUCAUCCAUUUUCUCAACCAGGAGGUCCUCUUUUCUUUGUAUUUUCACUUGAUGAUGGCACACUUCAAUGGAACACUCAAUAUCUUUGCUAUUCGAAAGAUUGUUACAAUCCUUUCAGUGUUUUAGUCAAAGGAGAUGAAGUUUAUGUUUCUGGAAGAGGAAAAGAAGAUACCUACCUUUCUUACGGAUCUUUUAAGGUUUACAGAGAUGCAAAUGCAAAUAACGAAUUGGUUUCGAAUUCUUUUGUCCAAGCAUUUCGUCGAAAAUCGAACAGUUAUGAAAUGGAACCAUUGUGGACUUUCCAAACACACAAUACCAAUUCUACUGCCUAUGUUAGGAUCUAUCAAGCAACCAUUUCAAAUACCACAAUGUAUCUGAGUGGAUACUAUAGCGGUACAACAACUUGGCUCGAUAGAAAACAAAAGAAUUUCACAAUCAUAGACAAUGUCAAUGUUGAUUUUCAUUCAUUUUACAUUCUUAAAUUCGAUACAAGUGGAAAUAUCCUUGACUUGUGGACCAAUACUUCAUACAGAUUUGAUUUGAAAGUUGAUUUAUAUUCGAAACAGAUAGGAAAUGACCAAUUUGUUACAUCAUGUAUGGACAAUGAAGGGUUGAAAUCAUUUACAUGUAUAACCUUAUUAGACGAUAAGAAACUCAAAUAUUAUUCUUCCUACAAUUCAGAGAUGAAUCAUGCGGAAAAUUUUGACAGACCUUGUGAAAGAGUUCAAGUUUACAGUAUUUCAGGAAUUUCAAAAGAUUUGUACCUUGCAAUGAGAUGUCUCUAUAAAGAUAUGUUAGGAAGGAAUAAAGUGGAGUAUAAGGUGAAUGUAAGAUCGAUUACCAAUUAUAGAAAGGGAGAAUGGCAAGUUUCAUAUAUCAUGUAUGGAAAUUACAGUUCAAUGGCUUUGCAAAGGCAUGAAGAUACAAAGAGUGUCAAUGUAUUGAUAACCACAGACGGUUAUUUUACAGAAUCAAUUUCAAAUUACACAUUCCAUCAAGAUCACUAUGCCUUCACAUUAUUCGAAAUACCAUUCAUGUAUCCAUUUACAUUUUGUUUCGGCAUUAGUUCCAACGAUUCAUCUGUGUGUAGUUCUCAUGGUGUCUGUAUCUAUACUAAUGAAUGUGAAUGUAAUCCUGGUUGGGGUUAUCCAAAUUGUCAAUUCCCAGUGUGUGGUGAUUUCGUAUCCAAUGAUACAAGAGUUUGUUCAGGAGUGGGAAAUUGCACUCAACCAGGACUUUGUGAAUGCCCAACAGGAUUUACAGGACAAUAUUGUGAAUAUCCUAUUUGUUUUGGAAAGCGUGCAGAUGACAGUUUAGUGUGUUCUGGAACUGGAAAUUGCAUUUCACCAAAUAUUUGUGACUGUCCAUCUGGUUUUACAGGAAACGAAUGCCAAUACCCAAUUUGCUUUGGAAAGAGUUUGGCAUACAACAGUUCCUUAAUUUGCAAUGGACAUGGAAAUUGUAGUCAAGCUGACAAUUGUGAAUGUGAAACUGGUUGGAAAGGAAAUGAGUGCCAAUAUCCUGUUUGCUUUGGAAAGAUAGAUAAUAAUUCUUCAAUUAUCAUGAAUAAUGGAAGUUUAGUUUGCUCUGGAAAUGGAAAGUGUAUAUUACCCAAUAUCUGUAAUUGUGAAGAAAAUUAUGAAGGAUUGGAAUGUCAGAUUCCGUUGUGUUAUAAUAUUUCAGCUCUUAAUGAGUCAGUUUGUACCAAUUCUAAUGGAAGUUGUACAUCUCCAAAUACUUGUCAAUGUUAUCCUGGAAGAUCUGGUUUACAAUGUGAACAUUGGAAAUGCUUCAACUAUGGAUCAGAUUCUCCAUUGGUUUGCAGUGGUCAUGGGCAAUGUAUUGGUUUUGAUUCAUGUAAUUGUUCACAAGGUUAUCAAGGGCCAUCAUGUCAAUAUGCGAUAUGUUAUGGUAUUGGUGCUAACGAAUCAGCAGUUUGCAAUAGCAAAGGAAAUUGUACGAAACCAGACUAUUGUUCCUGUGAAAAUGGAAAGUUUGUAGGAUUGGAUUGUGAACAACCAGUUUGCUUUGGAAUUCCAUCUAAUAAUUCAAAUGUCUGUAAUAAUCUUAAUGGUACUUGUGUUGAGCCUAACCUUUGCGUUUGUAAUUCCAAAUACGGAGGUUCUGAUUGUUCCAUUCCAAUUUGUUUUGGAACACUUUCGAAUAAUAGAUCAGUUUGCUCUGGAUACGGAUCAUGUUUGGCACCAGAUACAUGUGAAUGUAAUUUUGGUUUUUUUGGAGAAAGAUGCCAAUUUACAACAUGUUUUGAACUUUCCUCUGACGCAUCCAAUGUUUGUUAUGGGCAUGGAAAAUGUAUAACCAAAGAUACAUGCCUAUGCGAUACCGACUACACAGGUUCUCAAUGUGAAUUCCCUAAAUGUAAUGAAAUCUCAGCAAACAAAACCAAUGUCUGUAACUCUCAAGGUGUCUGUUUUUCGCCUAAUGUUUGCAAAUGCAACUCUGGUUUUUUAGGACAAUUUUGUGAAUUAUUUACCUGUAAUGGUAUUCCAUUCAAUGACUCAUCUGUUUGUAAUCAUGGAAAUGGGACCUGUUUAGGCAAAGAUAAUUGCAAGUGUAUAUCAGGAUACAAGGGACAACAUUGCCAAGAUAGAAGUACGGGUACGGAUUUGGGUUCACAAUCUGAAACAGGUUGGAUUAUUGGAAUUACAGUGAGUGUUCCAAUUUCUUUUGUAAUGUGUGUUGCUACUAUUGGUUGUUGUGUUAUUUACUGUUACAAUUCAAGAAGAUGGAAUCGAAAGAAUACUCAAGAAAAAGAAGUUCAUAGGAAACUAAUGGAAAUGUCAUUAACUGCUGAACAUUUGGAAGGUCAAGAUUCUCCAUUCCAUUUAUUAAGACCUUCAUUGGGUGAUUAUAGAGAAUUGGAUGAGUUUAGUGAUCCUGCAUCGAUAAGUAGUUCAUUAAACAUGUCUAGUUCAGGAAAUACAGCUAAUAAUAAUUCAUCCGAAAGUGCUGUGGCUGUUGGAAUCAAAUCUAUAACAGAAUCUAAAAUAUUUAUACCUUAUAAGGAUUUAGAAUUUGAGAAGAAACUCGGAUCUGGAUCGGGAGGUGAAGUUUACAAAGCUAAGUGGAAGCAAAAUCAAGUUGCCGUAAAGAAAGUGGAAGAAUUGGAAUCAUUUUUAAAGGAAGUAACUUUAUUGCACAAUUUGAAACAUCCAAAUAUUAUUACUAUAUAUGGAGUUUCAUUUUUACAGGGAUAUUAUUUGAUUGUGAUGGAAUUCAUGACGAAAGGAUCUUUGGAAAGUUUCUUAUAUCAAUUGAGAAUUGGAAGCUUGCCGAACAUUAAGCUUUCGGAUAAAAUUUCAAUCUUGUUGGAUAUUUCAAAAGGAAUGGAUUAUUUACAUUCACUGAAACCUCCCAUUAUUCACAGAAACUCAUCGGAAACAAGGUUUUCCAAGAAUCUUGUCGAUCAAGAGGAUGUUGUUCUUUUCAAGGAAUUGUCCAUUGAUAGAUUAAUUAGCGAUUCGGCUGCUUUUGUAUUGCCAUAUGAACAUGUAGUUUCCUCCACUGUGACUAGUGGCUUAAAGAAGGAGGAAAAGGUUGUCUACAAGCAGAGAAGUAAGGAGGAACAAUUGGAAAUUGUAUUGGAUUUUAUAAAGGAACAUCCAGCUCGAGAAAGAGGCUCCAUCAUGGAGUACUCACAAAAGAAACACAUUAACAAGUCCCAACUUUCAAGAUAUUUGAGGGCGUAUGACGCGGGUCAAUUGACUUGUGCUACUAAUAGCUCAACAACCCAUACAAUCGAGAGAGGUCACCCUUCAGCAUUGAUGAAUGCAUCCCAAAUUGAAAAGGUGUUGCAGAUUAUAAAGUCUGAACAGGGUGAUAAUGAGGAUUUUUCCAAUAAGAGGAUUGGUGAAAUCAUUUUUGAGUUGAUUGGCAAGCAACCAUCAGCUGGAUAUGUCAGCAAGUUUGCCUCAACUUAUUUGACCUUGAAUGGUCCUAAGAGAAAGAAGAAGAAGUUUGACCAAUCUAUUAAGAUUGAACCAAAGAUUGAAAUUAAAUCUGAAACUGAUUGAAUCUAAUUGUACUAUACCCUAGAAUCUAACUUAUCAAGAUUAGAUUUCAGAUUUAUAUUUAUUCAAUAGAUGGAGAUAUGUAAAUAGAAAAAUCCAUCUCAAUUUUUUUAUUGUAUAAACUUUCAACUUCUUUCG